UUUAAGGGGAAGAAAAACACAUCAUUUAAGGAAUUUAGAAUAAUUCAUUAAAUAGAACUAAUAAAUAGUUUUAAUAGUUUUUAUUUUAUAAAUAGUUUUCAGUUCAACAUUAUACAAUCAGCUUAAUUCCUAACUUUAACAACAGAACUUUGUUCAGUAAUUCAAGUACACUUAUGGUAAUUAAUCAUGUGAUAUACUAUAUGUUAGUUAAUCUUCUAUCAAUUAUCAAAUUAAUAUUCUUUUAAAUUUUUCCCAAUUUAAUUUUAAUACCUCAAUAUUGUAACUUUUCUUCAUUUUGUAGAUCCAGAUCCUAAUACAGAAUAUCAAGGUGAAACCAAUGGCAAACCAGGUCAGAUGGAAAUGUUUAAACGUGACUUUACAUCGCGUAUUUGGCUGACAUAUCGCAGGGAAUUCCCAGUGCUUGCUGGUUCAGCGUUCACAACGGACUGCGGCUGGGGUUGCAUGCUUCGCAGCGGACAGAUGAUGCUGGCUCAGAGUUUAGUUUUACACUUUCUUGGAAGAGAUUGGAAUAUCUAUAAGGACCAGACGGAAGUACAGAAGAUACAUCAUUAUCAAAUCAUUCGUUGGUUUGGAGACCAGCCCACAGUGAUGAGCCCGUUCUCAGUCCAUCGCCUUGUUAACAUUGGUCAGAAUUCCGGCAAGAAGGCGGGUGACUGGUAUGGUCCAGCAUCAGUUGCCCAUAUAUUAAAGGAGGCAGUGGAUGCAGCACCAGAUUUGCACCCACUCCUUGAACAAAUAUGCAUAUAUGUAGGGCAAGAUUGUACAAUUUACAAACAAGAUGUGAUAGAUAUUUGUACCAGUAGGCAGACAUCGUCUCUACAACCAGUCUAUAAAGUACCAACAACGUAUAAUGACU